UUUUUUUAAAAACACUCAUCGGGCUUGAUUUUUGGGUUUGACACUCUGUGUUAAAAAAUGAGAUUGGUGCUUUUGUUUACAUGCCUGGAGCUGCUGAAGUUACAGUAAAACAUGACUCGGUGGUGCUCAGGCACAAAACGGUCUCGCCGAGCACACGUCGAUACCACGACAAAGAUGCAUCGAGGCAAAACAAAUGUACGGCUGCUGGUCUCGUUGGUUUCUAAAAGCAAAGCACUUUAUGACAAACAUGACAGCGACUACAAAAGUUGCCAACGUUUUUCCCAUUUAUAUGGAACUAGUGAAAACUGAAUUUUAGCAGUUCACUAACAGAGAAUGUUUUCAAUAAUAUGCGUAUACGUGUGGGCCUCAGAAUGUAGUAGGAUGACACCAAUGGCCUUCCAUACGCUCGCUUCGUUCCAGUUAGACCUUGACUGCUGUAAUCGUUAGCAAGCAGCAGCUAUGGCGGAGUCAGGGAAAUGCACCUCAGGUCUUCCUUCACCAGGAGAUAUGACUUCACUGGCACGGGCUCUAUCUCACACCACUUUAUCCCAGCUCGACCAGUCGGACGUGUUUCAGUCGCAGUCGUCUCUGUACAGAAUAGCAGCCUCUCGGAGGAGAAGAAUAUCCGCUAGUCAAAGCGUGGACUCAUUGGACAUGAGUCCGAGCGCUGAGGCGCGCGUGCUGGUCAUCAACACCGGAGGGACAAUAGGAAUGAUGUACCACAAUGACGUGCUUUGUCCUGAACCAAAUGCCCUGGUUAAAGCUCUCCGCAAACUUCCCACUCUACAUGACGAGCAAUAUGCUCUGCAAACCAGACUCUACGAGUACUACGAUCCUCCGGAAAACACGCUGGUGCUGCCGAUGCCAACUCAACAUGCUGAUGAACUAUCUCAAUGCCUUUCCAAACAGAACAAAAGAAUCGUGUAUACUGUUAUAGAGUAUUGUCCGCUGCUGGACUCUUGCAACAUGACAACCGAUGACUGGGCCACUAUUGGAAAAGACAUUGAGAAACACUAUGAGAAAUAUGAUGGCUUUGUCAUUCUGCAUGGUACUGACACUAUGGCCUACACGGCCUCAGCUCUGUCCUUUAUGUGUGAGCACCUGGGCAAACCUGUCAUUCUUACUGGCUCUCAGGUACCAAUCUAUGAAAUGAGGAACGAUGGGAGAGACAACCUGUUGGGGGCGCUGCUGAUCGCAGGGCAGUUUGUCAUCCCUGAGGUGUGCCUCUACUUCCAUCAUAAGCUGUUCCGAGGUAAUCGCGUUACCAAAGUGGAUGCUGGGAGUUUUGAUGCCUUUAACUCCCCCAACCUGGCUCCAUUAGCCAAUGCGGAAGUUGAUAUCAAAAUAAAUUGGGACACGGUGUGGAGGGCAAACACAACAGCAAAGUUCAGGGUCAACACACAGAUGAACCGCAACGUUGGUCUCCUGCGUUUAUUCCCCGGGAUCACUGCUGACACUGUUCGAGCUUUUCUGCAGCCACCCAUGGAGGGGAUUGUGCUGGAGACCUAUGGCAGCGGUAAUGCCCCAGAUAACCGUGCAGACCUGCUGGAAGAGUUCCGUAAAGCUACAGAAAGAGAAGUUAUCAUGGUCAACUGCACCCAGUGCCUGCGAGGCUCUGUCACCACAUCAUACGCCACUGGGAAGGCCCUGAGUGAUGCUGGAUUGGUACCUGGGGGUGAUAUGACUCCAGAGGCUGCUUUGUCUAAACUCUCCUAUGUACUGGCCAGGAAAGACCUCACGACUCAAGAGAAAAAGAAGAUGUUGAGCCGAAAUCUUCGUGGGGAAAUGAUCGCUCACUUGAAGGGGGCCAAGCUGACACUCAGUGACAGUCGCUUCAUUCAAGUCAUUGCUAAAUCCCUCAGCAUCAGCUGUAAAGAGGAGCUGGAGGCUAUCCGUGAUGCCCUGACUCCCACAUUAGCCUGCGCUGCUGCUAAGAUUGGCGAUGUUGAGGCACUGGAGGCGAUUAAAGAGAUGGGAGCAAACUUGAGCAUGGAAGACUACGACGGUCGGACUCCUCUCCAUAUCGCAGCCUGUGAGGGUCACCUCAAAUUAGUGCAGUAUUUAUUGAGCCUGGGAGCCACCGUAUAUGCCAAAGAUCGCUAUGGGAACACGCCUCUUCGAAAUGCUGUUCGUUUCAGACACAAAGACGUGGUGAAGUUACUGAGAAAAACAGGAGCCCAUUUUUCUCCUGAAGAAAUAGAAGGUGCUGGAACUGAGCUUUGCAGUCUGGCAGCAAACGCAGACUUGGAAGGCUUGGAGAUUUGGCACUUGGCUGGAGCCGAUCUAACUAUGCCAAGUUAUAAUGGGCAAAUAGCCAUAGAGGUGGCCAUGCAGCUUGGCAAUGAGGAAGCUGUGCAGUAUCUUAAACAAGCUGCACAGUACCGAGCUCAGCAUCACACAGAUGAAGGUUUUGAGGUGUUUGAUGAAAUCGAAGAGCUCCGCAUGCAACGUUUUGGAGGGAAACAGUCCACCCACCCCUACUUUUAGUGCCUGAAUGGCGAAUUCAUCGAGUUUUCAGCUUCUCCGCAGGAAUAAUAAGGAGACAAUCGCACAAGCAUCCUUCCCUUUGACAAUCGCACAAGCAUCCGUCCCUGUGUUGCUAUUCAUUCAACGUAUUUGUAGUGUUAUUACAGCAGAUAGUUUCACAACGCUGAUUUACUUUAUAAACGAGUCAACUAAAGGUGGCAGCGUUAAGAAAUCAUCUUGAGAAGACAAACUCUUGGGAGGAUUCACACAGGGGAAUAUACACAUAGGGUGACCCAAAAGGUUUUAAUUUUGCUCAUGAGGAUUAUAGUAUAAUAGCACCUGGGUCACAUAAUACAAGAUCAGUAAACAGUACUGGCUCCUGGAAAUGUUCAGGGUAUUAGUAUUAAUGUUUUUUUUUUUUUUUUUUUUUUUUAAUCAGAGCAUAAAACUGGUUUUAUCCAUCCUUCCUUUAAUCCUGUUUUUUUUUUUUAAAUAGAUAAUUUGAUCUUGCAUCAAUACAAUUUGAAUCCUUUUCAUUAGAGAAUAAGCCAUUUAUUUUCCCAGUGGACUGUAUGUAUACAUAACUAAACAAACAACUGUGAUUGUACAAAUGUUCGGUUAUCAUUAGUGACUGUCAUUUUAUGUUACUGAGCAAUAUUAAUAGAUGUGUUGAUGUCGCAUCAGUAUUAGAAAGUAAUAAAGUGUUAUGGUCUAAGAGUCUUCCUUUGACAGGGAGUGCUACAAUAUGUAUUGUACAUUUUAGAAAGUGUUUGAGAGCUAGAGAAGCCCAUGUUUGGGAAUGGUUCCAAUUCAAAUAUACUGUUAAACAAACCUGAUUACACCAGAUAUGGUUUAUCAUCUCAUUAGGUGGUCAGGAAGUGGAUAGAGAGUGUUGUGAUUUGCACUAGCCAACAUUGGUUUGACUUUUUGCUAAUUCACCAUCUGCUUAUGUGAACUGGCACAAAAGAGUUGUGCAAUAUUUUGUCUCUUUUCAAUUCACCUCAGCAUACAGUGCGGUAUGUUUUAAAGAUGCACAAACAUGUAGCAUGACUCAGGUAAUAUCCAAAAAUAUAUAUAAAUAUUUAAUAAUAUCUAGAAAAUAUAAGUCUGUGUUUGUUGUUAUUGUUGUUAUAUGGAUGUGAGAUGAUGGCAAAUCUGUUAGAUAAGCACAAACACAGAAAUAAACAUUUCCAUCCUUA